UAAUGAUAAAUAAAUUAUACAUAAUACUACCUAUUAUAUGUUUUUAAAUUUACAAGAUAUUUACAUUCUAAAAAAUAUACUAAUUAUAAUCACAGCUCGGAAUGUUAAAAAAAGUAUUGACGUUUUACGAACAUAUUUAAAACUAAUCUAAUAACACUAACGAAAUUUGUGUGUUUGAUUUUGUACAUGAACAUAAUAUUACAUAAUAGUAUCAGCUCUAAUGGAUGAUAAAGUGCAAUCUGUAGACUCACAUGUAUGGACGCUUGGUGAUUUUAUCGAACGACGUAACAAUUGGAACCAGCUAGAUGAAGUGCAAUUAGCAAAAUAUCUCGAACAAUUAUCAAAGAAAAUUGCUCAAGGUGCAAAAUCAACCUUGAAUGAUUUAGAUGAUUUGGUAGCAUGUGUAGAUGAUACAGCAGUUAAGGUAGCAAAUAUUAAUAAUGAAUUCCAGUUGUUAGCCGAUAAACAAUUCAUAGAAAAUAAAGUCCAAGAAGAAGAUGAGACAGUUCAAAAACUACCUGAGAAAUCUGUCGAAAAUAAAUUUGAUGGUGCUGAUACGCUAGUUGACGACUUAAAGACAGCUGUGAAAAAUAGUUUUAAUGUGAUUGAAACACAUUUUGAUAAAGUCACUGUUGUUAUUAGUGAUUCCGACGAUGAUGACUUAAAACACGAAGAAACUAUUUUGAGACCACGACAUUUUUACAAGAAAUUACGACUACCUACAAUAACUGGAAGUGUACAACCUGAGGAGAUAGAAACUAACAACAUGUCUUCCGAUUCAGAAUCUUACGUAAAACAAUCAUCGAAAAACGAGGAGUCAUUGUCCAGCAGUGAUGCUGAAAUUGUUGAUGACAUUCAGUCAAUUAGUAAAGAUAUUCCAAUAAAUCAGCCGUAUAAUGAAAAUGCUCAAAAGGUCAACAGUCAAAAUAUAAGCUAUGAACCGAAGACUCCGGUAUCUAUUCCACAGACAACAGAUAAUGAUAAUGAGGAUAUAUUCAGUCCACCUCCAUUGAGCUAUGAUAAUGACGACGAAGAUGAUAAUGAGUAUAAUAUGUUUGGCCCUAGCACUAAUGACAUGUACGGCGAACAGAAUUUGUGGGAAGAUGAUUACGAAAAUGAUUAUUCAAACGAGCCACCUUUGCCCGUUUGUCCAGACGAUCUUCCUAAACCAAUUCCACAACCUAAUGUAGAAGAAAAAAGCAUAAUAUCUGAUGUACAACAAUCAUUGAAUGAUGAACUUCGAAAACGUUUUAAUAAAGAAGACAUUUCUUCAAGAGAAGAUAUAAACGAAUCGCAAUCAGAACUCCCCAGAAAAAAAAUACCUAAAGGAGCGGUCAAUAUUCUUGGCGGACCUUCUAAUUCAGUUGUACGUCAUAUUGAUAACUUGUCUUCAAUAAUUGAACCACCCAAGGAGACGUUAUCAAAGGAUACGACUAAAUCAAAUCAAGCAGCCGAUAAUCAUGAAAAAAUGAUUUCCAAUAAUUUGACGGAAGAUAAAAAGCUUCCCGUUAUAAAUAAAGUUAGCAAAACCAAAAAAGUGCGAUCAUUUUUCGAUGUCGAUACCGACUCGGACGAAGAAAAUUUCUUUGCUAAAAAAGCUAACGUGACUAGUGGAAAACCUGUAAAUUCAAAGAAAAUAGAGACUUCUGAAGAUGUCAGAAAUGUCGUGGGAAUAUUCUCUGAAUCUGAUCCCGAUGAAGAUUUACCUAUAUCGCAACCAAGCAAAAAAAAUGUUGCAAGUAGUCAUACCAUAAAAUUAUUAGACUCGUCGUCCGAUGAUGAUUUGUUUAAUGUAAAACCUUCUAAAAGUAAAUCCGCAUUGACUUUGUCCAAUAAUACUGAUAAAAAUGUAUUUGAAAACUCAAAAGCUAAAGCACAUGGAGAAUUAAAAUCAUCUAGUGAACACAAUCGAACCGAAAAAAAGAUAAUAGAUAAUAAUAAAGAUUGUCGUGUCAAUAGUUCACCUAUUGUUUUAGAUAAUAACAGUGUAUUAAAUAAUGAAGUAAAGUCGUCUGAUGCGGAAAGUGUUAAACCACAAAUAAGUAACACAAUUUCAACAACAACAAAAGAAAAGAAAACAUCUAGUUUUCUUUUUUCUUCAGACGAAGAAGAUGCGCUAUUUAAUGUUAAUAAGUCUACAAAAAUCAUUGAUGGCAACAACGUUUUACCGUCUCAAUCACAUACAGUGAAUAUUACCAGCAAUGUACUGUCGAAUGUACGAAAUGAAUCAAAACUAGACUUAUUUGAUUCGUCAUCAGACGAUGAUGACCUGUUUAAUAUGAGUAAGUCAAAAAAAAAGACUCCAUUACCAGAAAAAACACAGUCUGAAAAUACUGCCAAUAUUCAUAUAAAUGAUAAUAAUGUGAAUAAUAAAUUUGAAUAUACAGAAAUAAUUGAUGAUAACUCGGAUAAAAUAGAACGUUAUUCUGUUUCCAAUUCAAUAUUUAGUGAAAACCAAGAUUUAUUAUCUAACAAUAGUAUUAGUUCUAGUCCAACUACUCCGGUUAUGAUAAAAAGUAAUAUGAAUUCUUCGUCUGAUGAGUUCUUUAGUCCAGUAUUACGAAUCGAAAAAAACAGCGAAGAAAAAGAGCUUCCUCAGCAAAUAUCUGUAGAUUUACUAAAUGACAUUGAAUGUGUUUUAACCGAAAGGGACAAGAAUGAUCAACGAGAACAACCAAUGGCAACUGAGCCUAAUGAUAAUAAUGUGUCAUGGGUGCCAGACAGUGACGGCAAACAAUAUUCUACACCCAAAUUCGAUAGCAACAUAAAGAGCUCUGAGAACGUAGAAAAAACCACAGAAACUGAUUUUGUUCCAAUCUCAAAUGCAGAUUACAAAGAUUCAUCAAAUAGCGAUUCUCCAGAUGGUUCAUCUAUGAGUUCACAAAAAUUAAAAGAUGAAUCUUCAGUGAAAUUGCCAGGAAAAUUGCAUAAAAAUGCAGGUGCUUUUAUAAAUGUAGCUAGUUUACUACCAAAUUCUAAGAAACCAUCAAAGUUAUCAAACGUUUCCUCGAACACCGAAGAAAGUACCCGAGAAAAUGAUUUACCGAGUAAUGAAGCAAAGUUGUUUAGUGCUGGAAAAGAUCGAGCUAAAAUACAGGUAAAACGAAGACCACAAAGUCGUAAAGCCAGACAAGCCGCUGCUCGAAUGUCGGCUGUAGAAUACAGUUACGAACAAAAUUUACAAGUACAGUCUAGAAUGUUUGGUUCCGCAUCUGAUUUGGUCGAUUAUCACUAUAGUCCAGCACUGCUCGAUGACGAUAACUCAGAUUUAAAAAAUAAUCAAAACAAAAUUAAAGUAGUAAUAAGUGAUAAUAAGAUAGAGUCUAACGAUGAGAGUGUUUCAGAUGUAAAAGACGAUAAACAAGAAGUUGCAUCAAACAGCGAUUUAGUUAAAUUAAGUGAAGACAACUGUAAACAAUUUUAUUUAAAUUUGUCCGAUGGUGAUGAUGACGAUGACGAUAUAUUUGAAUCAAAAAAAAAAUUAUCGAUCAGUCAUGACUGCCAAGUGGAAAAAACCUUUAAAUUUGAUCAGUCAGAAACAUCAAGACGAGAAGCUGAUGAUUCCGAUAGUAAACUUUACGCCACAAAUACAAUCAACAAUACAGCCAGUACAUUAUUCGUGGCUGAUGACGAUGAUAGUGAUGAUUUAUUUGGAUUGCCGAAAACACAACAUACAAAUAAUAACAAAAAUGAAAGUGAAACUGAAUCGAAAGUACAACAAGUCGAACCAAAGACGUACAGUGAAGAGACGCCUAAAAACGAAGUCAGCUCUGUAAUAUCGGACGAUGAAAAUGAUGAUAUAGUUAAUACAGACAAAACAAAUAAACAAAGUGAAAUUAUUCAAGAAGAAAAAAUUGAAAAAUUAGAUGUUAAAAAAUCUGAAACUAAAAGUACAACAAAAAAGUAUGAUUUGUUAUUAUCGGCUGAUGACGAUGAUGACAAUAUAUUUUUAUCCAAAUCAAAAAUUGUAAAACCAACUACGUCCAAUUUGUUUGACAGCGAUGAUGAUUUGGAUUUUGAUCAGAAAGCACCAGGCAAAUCGAAAAAAGAUCUAGCUAAAUCUAAAUCGCUGUUUGGAGAUGACAGUGAUGACGAUUUGUUUACAAAUAAAACAACUACGCCUAGCAAAUUUACCUCAAAAAAGCCAACAGAGCAAGUUAAAAAUCUACCUAGUCGAGCCGGUGUCGUAAAACUAACUGCUGAAAGCGUUGCCGACAAUCCUUUAUUGUAAGAAAACUGAAAAAAACUAUAGUAAGCAUUUGCCAUAUACAAAUUUUAGUGUGAAUAAAGGUUGAAAACAAUGUUAUUUCAUCAAAUGUUAUGUUUACAUAUAAAAUUAUAGAUUUAUUAUUUUACCAAAAAAAUAAAAAUUAUAAUAUAUUUUAAUUUUUUGUCAUUUCUGUAUUAAAUAUUAUAGUAAAAAAAAUACCGUUGCAUGCUUUAUAUAUUCCAGUUAAAUGUUUUUUAUUAUAUGGUUUUUUUUUUUAGUAUAAUAUUUUGUUAGUCAUCUUAUUGUAAAUGAUUAUUUGUUAUUUUAUUUUUAUGUAUUAUAAUAGAACUAUUUUGUUUUUAUAUUCAAUACUAUUUUAUACAUGGUUACAUUUAUAUUUUUAUUAUUGUAUUUUUUCUAUGUAAACUGUUGUUAUCCACAUUAUCUAUCUAAGUGUUAUUGUCAA